GGCAGGUCUGGUCAUGUGACGCGUCACGCUCCUCCUCUCCCGGAGCCGGCUCCGACACCUGGAUUUCCACGUUGAAUCUCAAGAUGAUUUCUUAUCCCCGUGUCCUCCUCUUUGGAGAUUCCAUUACUGAGCUUGCCUUUGAAACAAAUGGUUGGGGAGCUACCCUAGCAAAUAAGCUUGUACGAAAAUGUGACGUCCUGAACCGUGGCCUGUCAGGUUACAACACCAGAUUGGCUAAACCCAUCCUACCAAAACUCAUCCCUGACAGUGCCAGUGCCACAGACAUUGCUGCCGUUACCAUUUUCUUUGGCGCUAAUGACAGUUCUAUAAGAGAGCAAAAUCCUCAAAAGCACGUCCCGCUGGAAGAAUACGCAGAGAAUCUGAGAAGCAUGGUCCAGUAUUUGAAGAGCGUCAAUAUCAAGGAAGAGAAAAUCGUUCUGAUCACGCCGCCGCCGAUUCACGAACCAACUUUGGAAAAGCAUUGCCUCACAAACGGAUUCAAGCUAAACCGUCUGAACGCUGUGACCGGGGCGUAUGCCAGGGCCUGUGCCCAGGUUGGCGAUGAGCAUGGAGCGGAUGUUGUGGAUUUGUGGAGGCUGAUGCAGGAAGGUGGCUCGGACUACGCAGUGUACCUGAAGGAUGGGCUCCAUUUAUCAGAGGAAGGCAACCAAUUCCUGGAGUCCAAGCUGUGGCCUCUCUUGGAGAAGAAGUUGGGGACCCUGCCUUUUAUCUUACCUUAUUGGAACGAUGUGGACAAUAAUAACCCAGAAUCCUCUCUUUUCCAAAGCAUCACCAAAAAGAAAGACUAGUGAUCCGCUUCACCAAACCAGGUUCUACCUUAGAACUAGGGAUAUAAGGGUGUCCAAUGCUGCAUUUGUGGACAGGAUCACCCUCCAUGGUUACAAAACAUACAGUCUACAUGGACGACGUUAUAGCUUUAGAAGUAUUCAUGUAGCCUGUUACAUACACUAGACUUCUAUGUACAAUGCAUUCAGAAAGUCUUCAGACCCUUUCAUUUUUUUCACAUGGUGUUAUGUUUUGGCCUUGUGCUAAAAUAAAAAAAUUAAAAGUUUUCCCCAUAAUUCUGCACUCAAUACCCCAUAAUGAGAAAGUGCAAACAGAAUUGUAAAAUGUUUUGCAAAUUGAUUUAAAAGGAAUAGUUAAAAUUUCACCAGGACAUCUGUUGAGACCCUUUGCUAUGAUACUCGAAAUUUAGCUCUGGGGACCUCCCAUUUCUCUUGAUCAUGUUUGAGAUGUUUCUACACUUUGAUUGGAGUCAACCUAUGGUAAAUUCAGUGGAUUGGACAUGAUUAGGAAAGUCACCACCCUGGCAAUAGAAGGUCUCACAGCUGACAAUGCAUAUCAGAGCAAAAAACAAGCCAUGAGGGGGAAAGAACUGCCUGUAGAGCUCAGAGACAGGAUUGUGUGGAGGUACAGAUCUGGAGAAGGCUACAAAAAUUUCUGCUGCACUGAAAGUUCCUAAGAGCGCAAUUGAAACAACCAUGACUCUUCCUAGAGCUGGCUGCCCCACCAAACGAAGUAAUAGGGAGAGAAGGGCCUUAGCAAGAAAGGUGACCAAGGACCCAAUGAUCACUCUGGCUGAGCUCCAAAGAUUCUGU